AUGUCAUCCAGAGGGCAUCGUCUACGAGAUGCCUUGGCUGAGCCCGAGGUGAACAUCACCGAAAACGAGGUGUGGAGCAUUCUGCACUCAACAGUCAUCGCAUGCGACGGCGAGUAUGUGGAGACGCGACUCCUGAACUCUGGGCCAAAGACCAACCCCUGGAUGCAGGAGAGCGGCUCACGACGUAACAUUGGUGAGACCGUGCAGUUGGACACGGACGUGGUAGGGCCUUUCGGCUACUACGUGGAUUUCUCUCGGACCUUCACAGCAGGAUACGGUCUGCCUUCUUUCCAAGCUACAAAGAAGCAAAAGAAACACUACAACCUGGCCCUGGAGAUGGUGAAGCACAACAUGGCGCUUCUCAAACCUGGCGCUUCCUUCGACAACGUGACCUUCAAUGCCUGGCCAAUCCCCGAGGAAUUUCAAGGCCACAAGUAUCAUGUGCAGACACAUGGGACUGGAAUGACAGGAGA